UCCAACCAGUCGGACGGCUCCGCCCCGCCAUCCUCCCGGAAACCCAGACCUCCUGCGAGCCCCGGGCUGCGUCGGCCCGCGCUGCGGCUGCCUGGGCGCCGAGCCAUGGGGCGUCCGGGCCGGGGGGAGGCCUGAGCAGGAGGCCGGCGGGAAAUGGAAGCUCUGGGCCACAGAAAACGGCAUUCUGAGCAUUCUGAGAAAGCCAUGGAGCAGGACAACAGGAAAGGAGGAGAGAGGACCCAGGCACUGCAGGUCAUCUGCCACUCUAGAAUUUGGACCAAGGUGAGGAGUGGGUCAUGUGCAACAAGGCCCGAGGAGGAUCCCUGCCUUCCCGGAGGCUCCAGGUAGGAGCCAUCUUCCUAGCUGCCUCAGGACCACAACACUGUCCUGGAGAAGGGAUUGAGGGUGGAUGUGGAUUCCCAGUUGACUGCCUGGCUGUGCUCCCCCUACUCCACAAAAUGGGAUUGUGAAAUAGACAUUGCUGCUGGCUCCCACAGAGUUUUCACUGUGGAUGAUGGGCGACCACGGACUCUCCAACCACCCUCAGCCUGUGGAAUUUCACAACAUCUGCUUGGGAGACAGCCUGCAUCCCCGCCCAGGAGCAUGCCUAAGGGAGAGGGGCCAUAGCCCAGGCCGGGAACACAAAUGGACAUUUGAGCCUCCUGAACCCACCAGGCCUGAUGCUCCUCCUAGGGGCUCUGAUGUGCAGCCUGCUCACUUGGGGUGCUGCUCUUCACAAGGGGACCUCAGGUCACCAGCAGCAUCACUGGAGGCCCAGGGGGGCAGCUGUGCCCCAGGGAGCCCAUCACAGAACCAAAACUCAUCCACGCAGGUGGUGUUCUGGGCUGGCAUUCUGCAGGCCCAGAUGUGUGUCCUGGACCUAGAAGAAGAGCUGGAAAAGACAGAAGGACUCAAGACCAAGCUGAGGUGCUGCCUCCCCACGUCCACGUCAGAACUUCCUGGGGACCCAGGCCUGCUCCCUAGCCCACCUGUGGAAGAGGACUCUGGGGAAGACAGCAGUGGGCCUGAGGGGGAAAACCAAGCCUGGCCCAAGGAAGGAUCUCCAGGCUUCUCCUCAGAGUGGGGUCCUGAGGAGGAGAGUGUGUUCUUCGAUAACCCUCUCUUCCUAGAAAGCCCUUGCUCUGACACCAGUGUGUCCAGGGAGUACUUUUCCUGGGGCUUCCCAGACUCCCAGGCAGAUGAGAGACCUGGGCCUGACUGGUCACUCCCAGGCAACAAUGGGCCCUGGGAGCUAGAAAGUGAACUGGAUUUGGAGGGCAGCACCGCCGGUUCCAGUGGGUGCCCCACUCCUCUGUUCCCCAUUCCUCCCUACAAAUCACACCCCUUCUGCUGGGCAUCGCUGGCCACUGCUGAAGGGACUCCCACACCACCUCCUGCUCAGGAGGAAGGCGAGGCCUAUCUGGAAGAUGAGCGUGGCCCCACCUCACCUGCAGGUCCCUGUGUAUACGAAACAUCGACCUGGGAGACAGCACAUCUUGGAUUGGACCAUAGCCCUGCCACACAUCCUGGGCAGCCAUGGGCCCUCCCAAGCACUGAGGGCUGGCAGACAGAAGAGGGUCCUUCCGGGCCAUGGGACGGAGGUGAGAGAGAUACUGGGUGUCCACAGGAACCUGCUCCCUGCACCUUGGCUCCUAGCCCCUGUGGGAGCCCAGCAUCCUCGCCUGACCCUGGCAGCCCUGCGUCUGAGGGCAGAGGCCCUGGCCCCAGGCCCACCCCUGCGUCCUCCCAGGAGGGCAGCCAGCAGCUCCAGCACGAUAGCCCUGACAUUUUCCCCAAGUGGCCACUGGAUACUUCACACCCUUCACUCCUGGAAACCGACGGGGUAGUGCCAACAUCCCUGAAGAAAGACAAGGGUGGGGAGGCCUCAGACCCAGGACAGGAAGUAGAGAGUGAAGGCAUAGCCAGGACUGCAGUGGCUCCAGGCAUCCAGGCCGACGUUCACUGGAUUUCUGCAGAAGGGCCUCCCAAGAGUCCCAUGCCACAGGCAAAGUCUCACAAGAAAGACCAGCGGCCACCAGAUGGAGACAAGCUGGCAAAUAGUGUCAAGAAUGACAAAAUAGCCUGGAACUUGGCUUCCCGGCUCUAUCGCCUGGAAGGCUUCCAGAAGUCAGAAGUGGCUGCCUACCUGCAGAAGAACAAUGACUUCAGCAGGGCUGUGGCUGAGGAGUACUUGUCCUUCUUCCAGUUUGAAGGCCAGAGUCUGGACUGUGCCCUCCGGGGCUUCCUCCAGUCCCUGGUGCUCAGCGGGGAGACACAGGAGCGGGAGCGAAUCCUCUACCAGUUUUCCAAACGCUUCCACCACUGCAACCCCAAGGCCUUCCCCUCAGUUGAUUCUAUUCACACCCUGACCUGUGCCAUCAUGCUCCUUAACACAGACCUGCACGGGCAGAACAUCGGCAAGAGCAUGAGCUGCCAGGAAUUCAUAACCAACCUGAAUGGCCUUCAGGAUGGCGGGAACUUCCCCAAAGAGCUGCUGAAGGCUCUCUACUGGUCUAUCCGAAGUGAGAAGCUUGAGUGGGCUGUGGAUAAAGAAGAGGCAGCUAGACCUGAGAAGGCCCGGCCACCUCCCCCAGCUGGCAAGAUGAGUAACCCUUUCCUCCAGCUGGCUCAGGACCCCAGGGUGCCCACAUACAAGCAGGGUAUCCUGGCACGGAAGAUGCAUCAUGAUGCAGAUGGCAAGAAGACACCAUGGGGCAAGCGUGGCUGGAAGAUGUUCCACACCUUACUGCGAGGGAUGGUUCUAUACUUCCUGAAGGGAGAGGACCACUCCUUGGAGCAGGAGAGUUUGUUCGGGCAGAUGGCAGAUGAGCCUGUUGGGGUGCACCACGCGCUGGCCACACCGGCCACCCACUACACGAAGAAGCCGCAUGUCUUCCAGCUGCGGACUGCAGACUGGCGCCUCUACCUCUUCCAAGCACCCACCGCCAAGGAGAUGACUUCCUGGAUCGCUCGUAUCAAUCUGGCUGCGGCCACGCACUCAGCGCCGCCCUUCCCAGCAGCUGUGGGGUCCCAGCGCAGAUUCGUGCGCCCCAUCCUCCCGGUUGGCCCAGCCCAGAACUCCCUGGAGGAGCAGCAUCGAUCCCACGAGAACUGCCUGGAUGCAGCCUCAGACGACCUGCUGGAUCUGCAACGGAAUUUACCGGAGCGGCGCGGGCGCAGCCGGGAGCUGGAGGAGUACCGCUUGCGAAAGGAGUAUCUGGAGUACGAGAAAACCCGCUAUGAGACAUAUGUGCAGCUGCUGGUGGCUCGUCUGCACUGCCCCUCUGGGGACCUGGACCUCUGGGAAAAGCAGCUGGGCAGAGAGGCUGAAGACACCCGGGACCCCAAACCCAGCCUGAAGAAGUGCCACUCGAGCCCCUCCCUGCACCAGGAUGAGGCCCCCACCACCGCCAAGGUGAAGCGCAACAUCUCUGAGCGCAGGACCUACAGGAAGAUCAUCCCCAAGCGGAACCGAAUUCAGCCGUGAAGCCAGUGCCAGCUCAUAGACACUGGCCUCUCUUGGGGGUAGACUGACACGCUGCCCCGUGGAGGUGCCUCAUUUCCCUGGGUCCACAAGGAGGCUGAGGUUGCCUCCCCCUCUGCUGAGGGGCAGCGCUUGUUUCCCUGUGGCCCCAUUCAUUCCCUGGCUCACUGGAGCUGCCGUGCCUGCCCACCACUUCCAUGGCGGCCACUCUGCUGUGCCUGUCCCUGACUGCUCCCGAGGGAAGGAUGAGAUGGAAUGGGGACUGGGCUCUGCUCCCAGCAUUCAUCUUGUGUCACCCCCAUCUCUCAGAACCAAGGUGUCUUCAUUUCCAGUGCUCACUUGAACCUGGAGGAGGACUCAGGACAGCCAUCCAGGAGGGUGCCAGCCUUGAGGAAGUUAGAAGACCUGCCAGGGAGUUCCAGAAAACAGAAAGAACAGAGCAGAGAUUCUUGAGAGAACCCAUAAGUGACCCAGGGAACAGGCUCUGGCCACUAGGGGGCAGCCUUCUGGCAUGGACCUCAGUAGGCUUCUCUGGGAACCUCCAGCUCCAUGCCUUUGUUCCAAUAACGCCUUCCCCUGGAGCUCUCCCUGCUCUGCAGGAGAACCUGGUGCUCAGUUGCUGAUCAGCAGAAUGCAACAAGGGCUGCUGGAGCUCAGCAGAGAACCCUGGAGCGCUGGGAACAGGGCCCCUUUGUUUCCCCAGAGUAGAGAAGGUGGUUCUCCAGAUGCAGCUAGCUGGCAAGGGUGGAGGGUAAAAGGUGGGGACAACUUCCUGUGGGGAUCUGUCCAGCUCAGCCUGAGCUGCAGCUCAGGAGAAGUACAUGAGAUAAGAUGGAGGCAUGGAAUCAGGGCCUCAGUCAGGCAUGGAGGCCCAGCCACACAGCUCUUCCUGCACAGCCCUUAAAGCUGCGUUACCGAGGGCCCCAGGAUAUAGCUUCCUCCCUCUAGCCAGUUCCCCGAGGAGGCUUUGUGGUCCUCCCCUGGGAAGUCCCCUCAUGCUGUCUUUUAGCUACCUCCCAGCUGGGCCUGUUCUCCAGGGGAGGCUCCAAAGAGACCUGGGAUUUGGGGCUCUGCCUGGGGGAGGAGGCUAGGCUGGAGGGAGCCACCACCAUUGUUUCUGUUCAGCCAAGUGUACCGACAGGCUGCCCGCCAAGUGAGGCCCUCCACUGCUCACCCACUGCCCGGCAGCUGCCGUGCUGCCUCUCCUGCCUUCCUGCUUGGCCACCCUCCCUCCGGGUAAUGCUUGUCACAGAGGGGUUGGUCCUUGGGAGCCUCAAAGGUCUUUCUGGCUAGGCCAUGCACCCAAUGGGUGUGCGGUGUAUACAGGUGGAUACAGAAGGAAGUGUGCACGAGUGUGGUGUGGGAAUGGGAGCUCUGGUGGCUGGGUGCACCUGUGGGCUGUGGCAGGCCGUGUCCUCCUUUGCCCCAUGUGGCGUGCAGAUCUGUGCGUGUGCGUAGGGUGCUCUGGUGUUGGUGUGGAGUCAGGUGGUGGAAGCUGGGUGGACCCUCAGCAUCAUUUUCUCUUGCUCUUGUCCAUUUCACAACUACUCUUGGACACCUCACACGCACCAGGACGAGGCAGUCUGACAGUGAAUUAAACAGGUCCCCGACUCUGCAAGUUGAUCACCCACUUGCUGUUCUCUGGCUAUCAGGAUAGGGAUGCAAUUCAUCUCGCUGGGAAGACAAUUCCUGUCUCCCACCAGGGACUCUGCCUCCAGAGGCCUGUUGGGCUGAAGGCUGUGUGCAUUUAAGGCUCCCUGGGUAACUGAGGUGUACCAGCAGUGAACAGCCACACAAGAGUCCAGUAAUCUCAUUUUAUUGAGGUGUAAACUCAGCAUCUUGCCUUGGCCCGGGUCCAAUGCUUAGUAGCUAAAUGGCAUUGAGCGGGUGCUUUGACCUCCUUGAUCGCAUGACCUUCUUUAUAACACCAGAAUAAAAGGUACAGGUUUAUCUAAA